AUGGAUGGCCCGGUCGGCAUGGAUGUCCACCUACUGGUAUACGACCUGACCAACGGAUUGGCAAAGGAGAUGUCCUUGGGUAUUCUAGGGUUCCAGCUCGACGCCAUCUACCACACGUCCAUAGAGCUGUGCGGUCGCGAGUUUGUCUACGAUGGCGGUAUCCUUGAGAUCGACCCUGGCUCAUCCCACCUGGGGAGACCGAUGCAGCGGCUGCGACUGGGCACGACGAUGCUGCCCAUGGAUGUCAUUCGUGAUUAUUUGACUUCUGUCAGAUCAAUCUACACUGCCGAGAAAUACGAUCUAUUCAAGCACAACUGUAAUAAUUUCACAGACUCAUUUGCCAAUUUUCUUAUCGGAAAGGGCAUCCCAGAAUACAUAAGCAGCAUGCCACAGGCUGUCCUAGACUCGCCCAUGGGCAGAAUGUUGCUCCCCCGAUUUACCCGGGGCAUGAACGCCUCGAGGAACGGUCCGCUCGGCCUCGGCGAGACUGCCGCAAGCUUAACAAAGCCACAAAGGCUCAACCAAGUCCAUAACGCUAUCAGAAUUGAAGACUAUCACAAACUCUUGGCCCAGUCCGCAAAGGCAGCCUCGGUUGUCUUCUUCACGUCACCCACGUGCCCGCCGUGCAAGGCACUGUACCCAUUCUACGACCAGCUGGCCGAACACUACGGCAACCACAUUGCCUUUAUCAAGGUCGAUGUUUCUAUUGCGCUUGAGAUUGCCGCAAAGACAAUGCGCAGCUGCUCACACAGAUGGGCGCGCAGCUGCAUGCCCAUGAUAGACUAA